AUUGCAUUCCCUUCGGCCAAAUAAACCAAAAGACCUUGAAGAACCCUAAGUCCCAUUUGAUCUAGUUUUGUUACGCAGACUAGUUUCUACUCCUGAAAAGACAUGAUUGAUAGAGGGAAAACAAAACAAGCUAGUUCCAGAAGGUUGAACCGCAGUUUGAAGGAAGAUAUGAUAAGCCAAUUACCUGAUCCAUUGAUAUGUCAUGUACUUUCUCUACUCUCCACAAAAGAAGCUGUUGGAACAAGCAUUUUAUCUACCCGAUGGAGGAGUCUCUGGCUUUGGGUUCACCGUUUUGAAUUGUCACAUUGGGAGUUCCUAGAUUUUAACGCCUUUGUGAGUUUUGGUAACAGGUAUUUCGACUUAACCAGGCUUUCAUGCAUACACAAUCUCAAGUUAACGAUUGAUGAAAACGAAGCAUCUUAUCUCACACCAUGGAUUGAUGCCUUAGUUAAGCGUAAGAUCCAACAUCUAUGUGUUCGCCGUACUGGAGGAGGGUCUUCUUUUCAUGAGAUGCCCCUAAGCCUUUAUGUCUGUGAGACACUGGUAUCCUUAAAACUCGUUCAACUAACCUUGGUUGAUACGGAGUUUGUUUCUUUACCAUGUUUGAAGACUAUGCAUCUAUAUAACAACGUGUAUCCCAAAGAGACCACUUUUGAGAGACUUGUCUCAUCUUGCCCUGUCCUAGAAGACUUAAUGAUAGACGUACUGAGGAAUGAUGCGAAAGUGUAUCGGGUCCAUUCUCGAUCACUGAAGAGGCUCCGUUUGCUACGAAGUUCUUCUCUCCAGUCUGAUUCUGUUCCGGGAGUUGUGAUUGAUGCUCCUCUACUAUGCUCUUUGAGAAUCAAUGACGGUGUAUCAAAAAUGUUUAUAGUAAAGGAUAUGGAGUGCAAUGCUAAGCUAGAUAUCUCUUUCGACUUUGGUUUGGAGGCUUUUGACGAAUCAAAUGUUGCAUCAAUAAGUCACAUACGCAAUUUUCUGCCUGGGAUCUCGACGGUUAGGGAUAUGACUAUAUCUGGGUUCACUUUCCAGAUCAUUCAUCACUAUUCCAAACUAGAACCCCUGCCUCAGUUUGACUGCAUGACCCGCCUGGAUGUUAUAGUUUGUGCAUCUAUUUUACAAUGGUUGCCAACUUUUCUUGAGCGCUGCCCGAAUCUGACAUCCCUCGAACUGGAAUUGCGCAAUGAUGAGGAAAUGCAUCCCAGGGAGAUGAAUCAAAUAAGUUUUUCAUCUGUGCCUGAGUGUUUGCUAUCAUCUCUAGAGUUUGUUGAUUUCGCAAUCUGGGGACAUUUUCCAGAAAUGAAGCUAGUAAGGUACUUACUAAAGAGUUCAACAAGCCUCAAGAAACUCACUCUAAAUGUCAACCAUGAUUCAAUAGAUUAUGACAUCUUCAAUGAACUACUGAAAAUUCCAAGACGCUCAACCAUGUGUGAAGUCGUCGUUGUUGAUUUCUAAGCAUGUGACGAUUAUUAUGAUUAAAUCAGUUUGAUGUGGGAAAUUCUUUUGCCACACAAGGAAUGCAAU